AUGCUGACAUCCAGUGACGGUGGAUCCACUUCUUUGACUAAAUCUGUAGAAGAUACAGGAACAAAAGAGAAAAGUAGUCAGUCUUCAGUAACACAUCGGAUUCUGAAGAUGAAACUCAAAAAAGUGAGUGGGUGUAGUGGUGCUCACUUGGACGAUGAACCAUUCUAUCACGGUUACAUGUCUCGAGAGGAAUCUGAGAAAUUAGUUCGGAAUCAAGGAGAAUUCCUUCUUCGUAAAACAGAAUUGACGAAACGUGGAGAAGUUGUAGUUCUGUCCGUCUUCUGGGACGAGGCAGCCCAUCAUCUAGUUGUCGAAAAAGCAAAUAAUGGACUGUUUUAUCUGAAAGAGUUCUGUUUUGAAAAUAUCAGUGACUUGGUUCGAUAUCAUCAUCAGACACGUGUCUCUGUCUAUAAAUCUGGAAUUAAAUUGUUCAGUUGGGUGGUCAGAGAGGAAUGGCAAUUGUAUCAUGAACAGAUUAAUUUGGGGAAGAAAUUGGGAAAUGGAGAGUUUGGAGAGGUGUUCCAGGGCAUGUUUUCAGUUGGAAUAUUCACGAAUGACGUGGAAGUGGCAGUGAAAACAAUGAAAGGAAGCAAAGUGACUGCUGAUGAAAGAAUCACAUUUCUGCGUGAAGCGAAUCUGAUGUUGAAGCUGAACCAUAAAUAUGUCGUCCGUUUGUAUGGAGUUGCAACUCAACAAGAACCAAUUAUGAUUGUAAUGGAAUUGUGUUCUGGUGGAAGUUUGAAAGGUCGAAUCGAGAAGAAAGAAGAAGAAAUGAGUGGAGCAUUGAAAAGAAAAUACUGCAAACAAAUUGCAAAAGGAAUGCGAUAUCUGGAAAAGAAGCAGGUCAUUCAUCGCGAUUUGGCAGCUCGAAAUGUUCUUCUUGACAAAUCAGACAACUGCAAAAUCAGUGAUUUCGGUCUUUCUCUUUUCGGAAAACUGCAUAAAGAGCAAAAGUUGAUGAAAGUUCCGAUAAGAUGGCUGGCUCCGGAGACACUUCUCAAAGGGAUUUACUCAUCGAAAUCAGAUGUUUGGAGCUAUGGAGUUGUUAUAUUUGAAGUGUUCAGUAGAGAGCUGCCGUACUCCGAAGUGAAGAUUCUGAAAGAGCUCCGUCGUAAAGUUGCAACAGAGAACCUUCGUCUGAAACCUCCGAAUGAAAUGCCAGAUGAAGAUAGAAAAGUAAUGGAGAUGUGUUUUGAGCCUGUUGAGAAUAGAGCAUCUUUUGUGGAAAUCUGCAAAAAAUACAAAGACCUCACUAGUCCAUUGCCAUCUUGGAAUGGAUUAGCGAAUCGAUUGGUAGGAAUUGGAUCAGCUGUCUGA